UCCCGCAUGGAUGUCAAUUUAUAAAUUCUGUCCUCAUUUUAUUUUUCCAAAAUUUAAGGAAAUCGGAAGCCGAUCUAUUGUCUAAAUAAAGGAUAAACUGCACUAAUUCUCGUUUUUAAAGUAAUUUCUAUUUUUGCUUUACUGUACAAGGCCACCAGGUUAUUAUGUUACUCAACAAAACCAGGUUGGUGGGUCACACGAAUCGGUCGCGGAAGAGCAAUAUGGAGGGUAACUCCACGUCAGAUAUCGUUAUCCUUAGCGGCAAUUCGCACCCGGAGCUCGCCGAUCUCAUCGCCAACCGCCUGGGUGUUCGCAAGGGAGGAUGUUCAGUGUAUCAUAAAACUAAUAGAGAGACCAUAGUGGAGAUUGGAGAUUCUAUCCGUGGAAAGAACAUCUACAUAGUCCAGACUGGGACAAAGGAUGUCAACAACAAUAUAAUGGAACUAUUGAUCAUGGCAUACGCCUGCAAAACAUCUUCAGCCCGAUCCAUUGUUGGUGUUAUUCCAUACCUUCCAUACAGCAAACAGUGCAAGAUGAGGAAACGUGGCAGCAUCGUGACCAAGCUGCUCGCCAAAAUGAUGUGCAAGUCUGGUCUGACUCACAUCAUAACCAUGGAUCUGCAUCAGAAGGAAAUCCAAGGGUUUUACGAGUGCCCAGUUGAUAAUUUGAGGGCAUCGCCCUUCUUGCUUCAGUAUAUUCAAGAGAGUAUCCCAGACUACCGCAACUCAGUGAUAGUGGCUCGCAACCCUGGCUCUGCUAAAAAGGCAACAUCAUAUGCAGAGCGACUUCGUCUUGCUAUUGCAGUCAUACACGGAGAGCAAAAAGAGGCGGAGAGUGAUGAAGUGGAUGGACGAUAUUCACCACCAUGUUUACAGAGCGUGGAUAGGUCGCGCACAAUGGACGUGAGCGUGGGCGUGCCGGUGCAUCCGGCCAAGGAGAAGCCUCCCAUCAACGUGGUCGGCGAUGUUGGCGGCAGAAUAGCCAUCAUGGUGGAUGACAUGAUCGACGACGUGGCAUCAUUCGUAGCCGCAGCCGAGGUGCUCAAAGAGUGCGGCGCAUACAAAAUCUACGUCCUCGCCACACACGGCCUGCUCUCGUCCGACGCGCCGCGCCUCAUCGAGGACUCGCCCAUCGACGAGGUGGUGGUCACCAACACCGUCCCGCACGAGCUCCAGAAGAUGCAGUGCCACAAGAUCAAAACCAUCGACAUAUCCGUUCUCAUCAGCGAAGCCAUCCGUCGCAUACACAACAAGGAAUCCAUGUCCUACCUAUUCAAAAAUGUCACCCUCGAAGACUAACUUUCAUAUUCCAUAUUAUUAAGUAUUAUUUUUUAAAGUAUUGUGUCCUUAUUUAGAUUGUGUCAUCAGUAUAACUCCAAUUUGUAUUAUACGAGAGUAUUGUAGAGGUAUUUUUAUAGGGCUAAUAUAAACCACAUUUUCUCGCCUGUUAUAUAUUUAUGGUAUUAUUGUUUUGUAUUUUACUGUAUGUAUUAUCAUUUCGUAUUGUUAAUGGAGUUGUAAUUAAGUAUUGUUAUUGUUUGGAUAGUUACAUUAAAUAGGUACAUUAUAUUUUGUGUUAACCCUUUUCUGGAAGCAAUGCGCCAAUAGGAUUUCAAUCUUAGCAAUCGGAGUUAAAGUUCAAAUUAGAUUGGACUUUUGAAAUAUUUUACAUAUUUUCAAAUGUAUGAUCAAAACUGGAUUCAUUGUAAUAUAGAGCGAAUCAUUCACGAGGACGCGUGCGUUGGUUCAUAUUGUCAUACCGUCAAAGGUUUGAUUUGACGAAUUCGCACGUCAUCGUUAAUGUCACGACCUGUAUAUUUGAUGGGAAAAGGGUUAAAAAUUAUAAUUGGUGCAUCUAAAAACUACAAUGUUUCAUUUGGGACUGAGACUCAGUCAAUAGUUUUAAUUUAAAAUUGGACCUUACAGUUCUGUGAUUCAAAGUUUUUCACACUGUGAUUAUAAAGAUGUUCAAAUCACGCAAUAAACUUUGUAUGUUUUGUAUUACAAAACAAUUUGAUAAUGAUGAAUUUUAUGUAAAUGUUUAUCUUAAAAACUAUAUGUCUAAAUUAACUAAUGGCCAUGAAUAAGAUCAAAAAUAUCUGCACCUGAGUAGAACAAGUUCCAGUAAGCAUCACAUACUGGUAUCGCUUUUACAAAUGAUGGCCUGUAGAUAAGAGUAUAAACUAACUGUAUAAUAGAUUUAAGACAAAAUGUAUUGUUUUGUUAGAAUAUAAUGUAAAAUAAAGUGUCUGCGGCAUUA